ACACAUUCGAUUCAACAUAAAAAUGUCCUCAAGUUGUUUCUUCUUGGUGCAUUAGCAUAUUCUAUAUAUCCCUCAUCCCUUGGUUCCCUGGCCUCAACAACUGAUGUCAUGCUAUACGAAGUGGCAAUCUUGAGCUCGUCUGGUCUUGAACCACCAGGCAACAUGUGGACAUAAGUUUUGAAAGAAUAGCAUACGGCAACAUUCAAAUAUUGCCAUGUCUUCUCAUGAUCCCAGAAUUCAACCACUCCCGCCUGAUGUGGCGGCAAAGAUCAAGUCAUCAACCUCCAUCACCCACCUGAACGGUGUCGUCUUGGAACUGGUCAAGAACAGCUUGGAUGCAAACGCGCAAACCAUCAGUGUUACCGUCGAUUUUCAGCGGGGAGGCUGCGUGGUAGAGGACGAUGGAGACGGGAUUCAGCCUCUUGAAUUUGAGCCUGAAGGGGGACUGGGAAAAGCGCAUCAUACAUCGAAAUACCAUUCAGAGAAAGAUGUUCACGGUCGAAGGGGGCUCUUUCUCGCGUCUCUGGCUUCGCUUUCACUGUUGACUGUGACAUCCCGUCAUCACCGACAUCAGAAUGCAAAUACCGUCAUUUUCCACCAUGCAACACCUGUGGCUCGACUGGUUCCAGCUCCAAUCCAGCAGGGUAUUAAGUUUCUUCAUGGAACCAGCGUCACCGUAAAUGAUCUUUUUGGGAAUAUGCCUGUUCGUGUCAAAAGUCGAGCAUUAGCUCUCCAGAAACCAGAUGAGUUGGAGCGGGAGUGGGAUGAGCUUAAGCAAGUCCUAGUUGCAUUAAUGCUGGCACAUGAUGGUCUUACGAAACUGGUUUUGUCGGAAACUGGUAGAAGCAGAAAGCUCACCGUUCGCCCUCGGCAUCAACACUCGAGAACUGAUGAGGAGUUGGAUCUCCAGCGCAUUGGUUCGAUACUUUCACAGGCAGGUCUGACCGUCUUCCACGGCUCUGGGAACUGGAAUGCUGUCUCAGCCUGUGUCCCCGAUUUUUCGAUUCAUGCUGCGAUAUCCCUCGUCCCCAGUCCGACCAAGAAAGUCCAAUUCAUUUCUCUGGGAAUGGAAUCCGUGUUCCCUCAGAAUAAUACAAACGUAUUAUAUAGCGAAAUCAAUCGGCUCUUUGCUUUUUCUGAUUUUGGCACGACGGGACCUCCUGGGUUACUUCCUGCAGCGCAUCCAGUCGACCAAAAUGAGAAUAGCGCCAGUUCCAAAGCGAUGCCCAAGGCUGUCAACAAGUGGCCUAUGUUCUAUAUACGCAUUGAAACUAGUCUUCCUCAAUUCCUGUGCAAUAAUGGCUAUGAAAUAGUUCCCGAGUCUGAUAAGUCCGUUCAGCGUAUCAUGGAUGUGCUUACGGCAAUGAUAAAUGAAUUUCUAAAACAGAACAAUCUACGACCACGCGCUGGAAAGCGAAAACGAAAGACAUCCAAGGCAUCACCGGGAGAUGGUGCAGGAGAUUCCGAGGCCAAGAAAACUAGAAGUACUACAGGGCAAGACCGGUUAGACUCGCUAUCUACAGAGGAUACCCUGGAUGGCCGGCUGAAGCUUCCAUCAUUCCAAAGAGCGAUGCCAAUGAAUCCCAAACAGAACCUGGGAAAUUGGUCCAGGAUCAAGUGUGCUAAGGAGCCUUUGCUGAAUCCGCGUUUUGCCAUUCGUCCCCAAGGCGAAUUUGCCUCUGUGGGGAAACAGGUCUGCUCAUCUACAACUCGUCACGGGGAUGUCAGUUCCUCGAAACAAGAUGCGAUGAAAGGGUUGGACCAUGAUAGUCUGGAUUCUGCAGUUCAAAGCACGGAAUUCUCCCACACACCGCUACAAGCGAGUGACAAGGAUACUGGGUUCAAGAACGAAUUGACCGAUUCGACGACUCCUUGGAAGGACCCCUAUACAGGAAGAACCCACCCGAUAAACCCACGAACGGGUCAGUCAAUUCAGGUUAAAUCCCCGCUCGAUGUUGCUCUUGCUGGCAGGAGACCUCAAUCGACUGGCCCCCUUCUGACAGGGCAAGUAUUAGAUAAGAUAAGACGGCCACGAUCAGCCAUUACCGACACGACACAGAAUCUGUGGAUCGACAACCUGUUGAAGAAGUGGGAUAAUCCCACUUUCAGCCGCCCAGAGAAACCGAUAGAUUCACUGGAUUCGGGGGCAACUCACGAGAGUGAGCUUGAUAAAUUAGCAUUCAAAGCUCAUGAUUGUUCGGGGGGCUCUUGCGGAUUAGAAGAUUUUGGUCUUGCAAAAUUCCGUGGCAAGUUGCGGAGGCAAGAUCUUGAGAUGGCAGAGGUAGUUGCCCAAGUUGACCAAAAGUUCAUUCUUGCGAAACUAGGGAGCUCAACCCAUGCUCAUGAUAGCAGUACCGGAGAGAUUUUGACACUGAUUGAUCAACACGCAGCUGACGAGCGAUGUCGAGUAGAACGGCUCUUUGAGGAAUUGUUUAGUUUUGCGGAAGGCAGCCGUUGGGGCAUUCAAACAGUUCAGAUUGAUCCGAUUGUUUUCGAGGCCUUACCGACAGAGAUGUCUCUACUGAGGAGAGAGAGAGAAUUCUUCUUAUCCUGGGGUGUUCGGUACAAGAUCGAGCGGCGGUCAGGGUCUAAAGCUACCUUUGUCUGUGUAGAGACACUACCUUCGCUCAUAGCCGAACGCUGCCGGAUUGAGCCACAGUUGGUUACUAACCUCAUUCGCGGUGAAAUUUGGAAACGCGAGGAGAACGGCACAGGUCACCGGCGAUCCCGGUAUGAAGACUCUUUUUUGGCUCAAUCUCAUAUUGAGGACCGAUGCAAUCCCUGGGUAGAGCGACUUGGAGGCUGUCCGAAAGGAAUAGUGGAUCUGCUUAAUUCGCGUGCCUGCAGAACGGCGAUCAUGUUCAACGAUGUGUUGACCGUGGACGAGUGCCAAAAUCUGGUCACACGGCUGGCGCGAUGCGUAUUUCCGUUCCAAUGUGCGCAUGGACGGCCAUCCAUGGUUCCGAUUUUGGACAUGCAGUCGAUUGGACGGUUUGAAUAUCCGAUGUCUGAUUAUCAGGCACACGACUCUUUUGGUGAAGCAUUCAAAAAGCGAUACCCUUGAUUAUCCCAUGUUGGAAUACCAGUUAGUAUACUAUAAUUCGUAAUAUGAUAGGAAUUAUGAAGCCCCUGGGAAGUACACCGGACAGAAGAGGCAAUUAUCGAAUAUGACGAAGGAUAGAGAUAAAUGAUGACAUAUACCAAAGGUACGGCCAUCAUCACAAAUCACCAGAAUGCCAUAUCAUAUGCACAAAACUGAGAGAGGCAAUCGCCC